AUGGGUAGAUCGGUUUUAGUUCUCCAUGCUUUCUACAAGCAGGAAACAACCGUCUAUUGCAUACUAAGGAAAGGUGUGUUGCUGAAUCUCCAUGCUGACCUAAAACUAGUUGUCAUUCGAGACGUUAAAGAAUCGUUUGAUUGCAUGCUCAAGUCUUUGGCUCUAGCAGCAAUACGUAUUUGCAUGUUAUAUUUUCACAUCGAAAGUGGGUGUACAAUUCGCAUUUUAUUCAGAACUGAAAUAGGUUCACCUGUUCAAAGAAACGCCUUUGUCAAGAAUGAUCCGCUUCUUCUGCUCCAGCAGGAAGACGCCUCGUUUGGAGCUUUCAUUCGUCACUUUGAUCUAUAUGACCAGGAAUCCAGAGAGGUCGACCUUGUCGCUCUUUUUGGUCAGACCCUUUCAAAUAUAAAGAGUUUACUUAACAAAGUUCUUGUAACUGAACCAGAAAAAGUGACAAGCAGAAAGAUUUUGGGCAGACUGGAGCAUUGGUCUAUGCCCGAAGUCACAGCAAAGAGGGCAACGAUAGCAUCCCCAAAGGUUAGGAUUGUACAAGUAGAAAUAGCCUAUAACAAAUAUCCUAAUAAGCCCCCCAGCAAGUUCUACUCCAUUAUUCCAGACACACUCUUAUAUUUUCAAUCGACUAAUAUUUCGAUCUUCUCGAUUGUAACAACCACGACUUGUAUUAGCACCAUGCGAGCCUGUCAAUCUCCUCACAAUAUUAGUGAUGGUGAUUUUGAAACUCAGCCACAUCAGCAUCCCUCCAAUAAGAAUUUACAUAGAUGGCAGUUACUUCGACUUCAUCAAUAA